AUGCCAUACCACACAUUCCCUGUACUCAAUCAAAAUUUCCUUGUUGACGAUAAAUAUGAAUUUAUUCGUGAGUUAGGCCAAGGAGCUUAUGGUGUUGUGUGUGCAGCCAAAGAUAUUGAAGCAGGAGAGAGUGUUGCCAUCAAGAAAGUUACUAAAGUUUUUGAUAAAAACAUUUUGGCUAAACGUGCUUUACGAGAAGUAAAGCUAUUAAAGCACUUUAAUGGACAUGAAAAUAUUACAUCAAUCAUAGAUAUGGAUAUAACAAACAUUAAUGAUUUUAACGAAAUAUAUUUGUUUCAAGAGCUCAUGGAAGCCGAUCUUCAUCAAAUUAUACGUUCAGAACAACCACUUACUGAUGCACAUUUUCAAUAUUUUAUAUAUCAAAUUUGUCGGGGAUUAAAAUAUAUUCAUUCUGCGAAUGUCUUACACAGAGAUUUAAAACCUGGUAAUUUAUUAGUAAACGCUGAUUGCGAGCUCAAGAUUUGUGAUUUUGGUCUUGCACGAGGAUUUUCCGAUUCACCAGAUCAUAAUUCAAAAUUUAUGACUGAAUAUGUUGCAACGCGUUGGUAUAGAGCUCCUGAAAUCAUGUUAAGCUUUCAAAAUUAUACAAAAGCCAUCGAUAUGUGGUCAGUUGGAUGCAUUUUUGCAGAAAUGCUUGGCGGAAAACCUUUAUUUAAAGGACGUGACUAUGUUGAUCAACUUAAUCAAAUUUUAAAUAUUUUGGGCACACCUGAUGAAGAAACUUUAUGUAGAGUUGGGAGUGAAAGGGCUCAAAUUUAUAUUCGUAGUCUUCCAAAAAUGACAAAAGUUCCAUUUUCACAGUUUUAUACAAAGGCAAAAAACCUUUUAAUGUUUGAUCCUGAAACAAGAAUCACUGUUGAACAAGCUCUUGCUCAUCCAUAUUUGGCUGCUUAUCAUGAUGAAGAGGAUGAGAAAUGA